AUGAACUUUUUAGAUUUUAUUUAAUAACAAAUACAAGAGAAGUAAGAUAAAACUGUAGAGGUACCAUAACAAAUCAAGGAAGAAGAGCCUAUCAAUUUAGAUGAAAACCUAGAUAUUUCAGCUAAUGGAAGUUCAUCAGAUGAAGAAUAAAUGUAUGAAGAAUAUUUCAAAGAAAAACCAUCAUUAAAAGCCACUUACGAUGAAAUAUAUGAGAAGUUGAAAUAAAAUUCUCCUCCUCAAACAGAACUCGAAAAUGAGUAACUGUAAAUCAUAGCAGAAUUACAAGCAAAACUUGUAGUUUAGGAAACGGAAUUACUCAUUCUUAAGAAGUUACAUUUUGAUCUCAAAAAUAAAUAAUCACACUAAGCCAAUAGAAUCGAGUAACUCCAAAAAGAAAAGGAUGUUAUGACUUAAGUAAAGAAUAUAUAUAAAUUUAAAGAUGAAAAUCGGCUAUGAUAAAAAGUUUUAAAAAUUAGAUGAAAAAAGGAAAAUCAUUGAUUAGAAUCAAAGAAUAAUUAAAAAGCUAGCUACAUCGACUUCAAACGAUUAUCUAGAGUCAGCAAUAAAAAGAGUUAAUCAAUAAGUCAAAAUAAAUGAGUAUAUAGAAUUCUUUAUAAUUAGCAAAGUAUAAGUUCUAAAAGAGUAACCUUAAAAGGAUAUUCCAUAAGUGAGGAAAUUAUCUAGCUAAAAAUAAUAAAAUAGUUUCAAAAAUAAUAAAAAAUGA